AUGUCCAUAGCGGACACACUACCUCCAGCAAUUUUUGCAACAAUCAGUAGUAUAUUAAUAAUUUUACAAAUUAUUAAAAAUCGUGAAAAGUAUUUUGAAACGUCAUCAGACGAAGCUCCUGAUGAUGUAGUUGAUUAUGCGCGCUUCUCAACGGUAAAAAGGGACGUCGCCAGACUUGGGAUCACGAUAUUGCAGACUGGAUUGUUUAGUUUUUUAUUCUUUUGGAGAUUGAAGCAUGGAAAUAAUCCAAAUUUUGAUACGAUAAGCCCCGGGAUUCUUGCAAUUUGUUGGUUUUAUGCGCUUACAAUAUCAAUUAUUGCCUUGUCACUGAAAUCGAGACGUUUGAGAUGGACAUUAAAUGCAUAUUUGGCUGUAUUUUUUUUUAUCUCCUCUCUAUGCUUACUUUGGAAAUCUACAAAAGUUAUAAAAUUAAGCGGUUCUUAUCGCGUAGACAAAAUAAUUGAAAAAUUAAUUGUAAUAUGUAACUUUGUUUUAUCUGUGGUGGCUACAUCGAUUGCUAUCACAACACCAAUGAGUCCACCAAUACUUCAAAAUGGAAGAGUUGUUUGUGCAAUCGAGUAUUGCUCAAUAUGGGACUUUAUUACCUUCUCCACUGUUUCUAAAUUAAUUUUCAAAGCUUACAAACAAAAGACUUUCAAUAAUGAUGAUCUUGACUUGCUUCCAUUUGCUUAUCAAGCUAAGUCAUUAUAUAAUGCUUUCAAAAAAACCAAAAGUAAACUUUUGUACCGAAUAUUGGUGGUUAAUAAAGGUGUUAUAGGCUUACAGCUUUUAUUCACAAUGAUGGGUGCUGCUUUAUAUUAUGCACCAAUGAUUUUCUUAUACCGUUUUCUAUCAUUUAUUCAAACGAGACCUGAAAAUGGGUCUUUGGAACUUGGAUUUGUAUAUGUAUUUGGAAUGCUUAUUUCAUAUAUUAUGCUACAUUUUACUCUAGAACAGAAUCGGUAUUGGGCCGCAAAUGUACUUAAUAUUAGCGUAAAGGGGAUGAUUAAUUCCGAAAUCUAUUCAAAAAGUUUAAGACGAAUUAAUUCACAUGUUUCAACUGUGAAAGAUAAAUGUAAUAAAUCUAGGGAUAGCUUCAACGAUGAUAAUUCGUCUAUUGGCAAGGUUACAAAUCUUAUGUCAAUUGAUACAAAUCGUGUUAGUGAAUUCUCUGAAUGGUGGACAAGUACAAUUGAUAGUCCGAUAGAAUUAGUAGUUGGUGUUUAUUUUUUAUAUCAAUUAAUGGGUGUGUCUUGUUUGCUCGGUUUGUUGGUUAUGAUCAUUACACUUCCAAUUAAUCAUCAGAUGGCCAAGUUAUAUGCAAAAACUCAAGACGAGCUUAUGAAUGCUAGAGAUCGUAGAGUGGGACUUAUGAAUGAAGUUUUACAAAGUAUUCGUAUGAUUAAAUUCUUAUCCUGGGAAAAAAAUUGGGAAAAUAAAGUAUUGGAAAUUCGGAAAAUUGAGCUUGAACAACUUCGAAAUAACUUUAUUUAUUUGUCCAUAAUUGAUUUAUUGUGGAUGGCUUCACCUAUCUUAGUCACUAUCCUCAGUUUUUUCUUCUUCACCAAAAUUCAAGGAAAUGAGCUUACAGCUGCCAUUGCUUUUACUUCAAUAGCUGUUUUCAAUGAGCUUCGAUUUGCCCUUAAUACUUUGCCCGAAGCUUUCAUGGAUGCACUUCAAGCAUUGGUCAGCAUUCGUAGAAUAGAAAAAUUUUUAGAUGAAGAUGAGAUCGAUACUUCUCCAGAAAAUAAUUCAUUUAUGAAAUCAAUUUAUUUUGAAAAAGCAACUGUUUCAUGGAAUAAAAUUAAGGAAAACAGUAAUGAGUUUAUUAUGCAAGAUUUGGAUUUGGAAUUUCCUGUGGGAGAAUUAAGUAUCAUUUGUGGGCCAGCCGGAUCUGGGAAGACAUUAUUAUUAAUGUCACUUCUUGGAGAAACGAAUAUCAUUAGUGGCAAGAUUAAUAGUCCACAUUGUUUAACAAAUCCCAUUGAUAAAAAUAUCAAUGAAAACAAUUGGAUUCUUCCGAAUUGUACUGCUUAUGUUGCACAGCAAACAUGGCUUCAAAAUGCUUCUAUUCGAGAUAAUGUUCUUUUUGGUCUUCCCUAUAAUGAAAAUCGUUAUAAUCAAGUUAUAAAAAUAUGCGCACUAGAAAAAGAUUUUCAAAUACUUGAAGACGGAGACAUGACGGAGAUUGGUGAAAAAGGAAUUACGCUAAGUGGUGGUCAGAAAAUGCGUGUCGCUUUAGCAAGAGCUGUCUAUUCACGAGCAAAACAUAUAUACAUUGAUGACGCUUUCAGUGCUGUUGAUGUGCAUACUGCUUGGCAAUUGAUGAAUAAAUGUCUAUUAGGUCCUAUUAUGACGGGACGUACUCGAAUUCUUGUAACAAAUCAUAUCAGACUAUGUUUGGCUGGUGCCACUUAUUUGGUUGCCGUCGAUAAUGGAAAAAUUAUUACAUCUGGUGUGAUUUCAGAAUUACGUAAUUCAGGAAAAUUGGCUUCGAUCUCUGAUAAGAAUGUCACUGAACAGUUAAUCUCAUCUUCAGCCAAUUUUGAUCACAGUACUGAUUCAUCAACUACUUCAAAUGCAACUCUUAUCGAGGACGCCACUCAGGUGGAUGACUCACAACAAAUAAAAAAAGUCUCCAAAGCAAGAGUUCUUAUCAAAGAAGAAGUACGACCAACUGGCGUGGUUAAGUUUAAGAUUUACAGGUCAUAUUUUCGCGCAAAUGGAAAUAUACUUUAUUGGUUUAUUGCUGCAGCAAUAUUUAUUGGGGCUAGAGGAAUACAGAUAAUAGAAAAUUGGUGGCUUCAAGUUUGGUCAAAUGCCAACAAUAAUAACGCGACAGUUCCAACAAUUUUCAACUUGGUUCAACAAGAUAAUUUAGUCAUAAUUCAUAAGUCACAUAGCGUUGACUACUAUUUAAAUAUAUACGUAUUAAUUGCAUUCCUAUCUAUUAUUACCGGUGUUUCGCGUUUUGUUUGGCUUUUUUAUGGAUCUUUGAGAGCGUCUAAAAAACUUUAUCAAAUACUACUUCAUCAAAUUAUUCGCGCCCCAUUAAGAUUUUUUGAUACGACCCCAAUUGGGAGAAUUCUUAAUAGGUUCAGUAAGGAUUUUGAAACAAUUGAUAGCACAUUAGCAGGCGAACUUGCAUGGUUUUUGAUCAAUGUAAAUAAAUUUCGUUUGUCUUACUUUGUGAAUAGUACAUAUACCUCUGAUUAUAACGCCACUGUCCAAGACAAUAAAAAUUUUAAUGCAUUUGUACUCAUGACUUUAAGUACUAUGGCUGUUAUAACGGUCAUUACAAAAGAGUUUCUCGUUGCGGCAAUCUUCUUUGGUAUUAUUUAUACAAUUGUUGGUACACUAUACGCAAAGGCAUCACGAGAGCUCAAGAGAAUGGGUUCUGUGUCAAGAUCCCCAUUAUAUUCUCACUUCACCGAAACUUUAAUUGGCAUAACAACAAUUAGAGCUUUCGGUGCAUCGAAACGCUUUAUGCAAGAUAUGCUAUUAAA